CCCCCCUGUGCCUGCAUGAGUCUGUUCGUGUAUGGUGGGGGCGGGAGGAAGUACUCGAUCUGCUUUGCGCAUGCGUAAUAUUUUCCGCACAUUACACUACCUCCCACUUUUCGACGCUGUCCGAGGGGCGCACACCGAGAAGUGGACGGUGACACGCUGGUCAGUUUCCUGAAGUGCGGUUGCACGAUUCUCGGAUAGUAAAAGAGAGAGCAUGACGAGGCUGCCAUUUCCUUGCACGUUUUACAUGGCUGCGACAGAGGAGGACAACGUGAAUGCCGUGGAGAGAAGGGCUGUAAAUAUUAAAGAGGAGGAGGCCUGUGAGUGGGAGCCUGUGCACCACAAACGGGAGAGUCUGGAUGUUAUUAAAGGUGAGGAUCGUCAGUGGGGGACGGCGGACAUCAAGGACGAGCCCGAGGAGAAGCCUGUCACCCGUGACCUGCAGGACUGUAAGCACACGGACCGAGUCAAGAAAGAAGAACUUCAGUCAGAGUCCGUCUGCCAACGUGGAGGUCUAACGGGAUCGGUCUGCACUCGGGGUAGAAACUCGGCUGUUCAGGAGCAUCCUGCCAGCGUCAAGUCUGAUAUUUAUGCAGACACUACGACCAUUGAUGACACGUCAAGGAGACCACCUGAAGGGCAGCCAUCAUUUACAAGUCAGCCUGGGGAAGAUAAUAAAGAGAGUGCCAGCCUUUCCCCAUCUUUAUCUGCUAAGGUUUCUCCUCAGGAUGGACCACAACAAUCCGUGCAUGAAGACAAUACAAAUAAAUUGUCAUCUGGAUCAACGAUUUUCACACCUGACUCGCCGACAAGUAUAACUACAGUCAAAAGUGAACCACAGGGACAUGAGACAACUUCAGAGAGAGGUUUGAAAAGUAAAUCUGAAGACCAAGGUAAUCUCCCGAACCAUACAAGUCAAGGGUCAUAUUGCUGUUCUGAGUGUGGAAAGCAAUUUUUACAAAGAUAUAGUCUUGAAAGACACAGAAGAAACCAUACUAGUAAAACACCACAUGGCUGUUUGGAGUGUGUCCUGUCUCUAACAGGAAUAUUCUUAACAGACACAUGAAAACUCACACUGGAGAGAAGCCGCAACCUUGUUCCGAGUGUGGCAAACAAUUUUCAAAAAAGCAUAGUCUUCAGAAACACAAAACAAUUCACGCUGGAAAGAAACCAUAUAGCUGUUGGGAAUGUGGGAAACGAUUUUUAAGAAAACAGCAUCUUGAGUACCACACAGUAAUUCACACUGGAGAGAAACCCUAUUGCUGUUCUGAAUGUGGCAAAGGAUUUUCACAAAAGAGUGCUCUGCAGGUCCAUACAAGAGUUCAUACUGGUGAGAAACCCUAUGGCUGUUCGGAAUGCAAGAAGCGAUUUUCAAAAAAGUACAUUCUGCAGAGACACCAAAGAAGUCACACUGGGGAGAAGCCGUACGCCUGUUUUGAAUGUGGGAAAGCUUUCAACAGAAAGGCUCAUCUCGAAAAACACUCAAGAAUUCACACAGGGGAGAAACCGUAUGGCUGUACUAAAUGUGGCAAGCGAUUCUUCACCAAGGACCAUCUUCAGAUCCACACAAGAAUUCAUACUGGAGAAAAGCCGUAUCGCUGUUCUGAAUGUGGUAAAGGAUUUUCACAAAAUGGCAGUCUUCGCCUUCAUAUGACAAUUCAUACUGGAAAGAAGACUUACAGCUGUUCUGAAUGUGGCAAAGGCUUCUGUCAGAAAAGCAAGCUUGCCAGGCAUGAGAGAACUCACACUGUGGAGAAGCCGUAUCCAUGUUCGGAAUGUAGCAAAGGAUUUACACGAAUGUACAAUCUUCAGGUCCACAGAAGAAUUCAUCAAAAGUAACUUCAGUGCCCAUCUUGAUGGCAUACUCAUCACCUUCACUUCAUACGUACUGGAAGAGGAGACAUUACUGGGAACCAUCCAGGUACUAUACCACUGUUCAGUAGAAAAUAAUGAACUUCACCUGUGCUUUGGCCAACUGUAGACCCCUAAAGGGAAACCAUAUUACUUUACUGAAUGAGGUAAGCAAUUCUCCCAAUUGACGCACCUUCAGUACAGGGCAGGAAUUCAGUGAUGUGAAGCUGUACAGCUCUAGCAAUGUGCACCUAGAAGAACAACUCCACUUGGAAAAAGAAUUCAAAUUACAUCCCAGCCACAUUUGGUGGGGGAACAUCAGCAAAAAAAAAAAA